GUUUCCGCAUCUCUGUCUCUGUUUAGCAAAGUUCCACACAGUGUCGAGCACACUUAUUUGUUAAAACAUUAAAAUAUGUCUUAUAAACCAGUAACACAUGUAAUCUUCGAUAUGGACGGCUUGUUAUUAGAUACAGAGAGGUUGUACUCAGUCUCGUUCCAGAAAAUCUGUGACCGGUUCAGUAAAACAUACACCUGGGAAGUGAAGUCCUCUGUGAUGGGUGAGAAGGCUCUGAAUGCUGCCAGGAUAAUCAGAGAUAAACUUGAACUCCCCAUGACACCCGAGGAGCUUCUGGAGGAGACCAGGACAAUUCAGGAGCGAUUAUUCCCAACAGCUUCUCUGAUGCCAGGGGUAGAGAAGCUUGUCAAUCAUCUUCAAAAGCACAACAUUGCUAUUGCUGUGGGCACAAGCUCAGCUGGCCUGACCUUUGAGAUGAAGACCAGCCGUCAUAAAGAGUUCUUCAGCCUCUUUAAUCACAUUGUUCUUGGAGAUGAUCCAGACGUAAAGAAUGGCAAGCCACAGCCUGAUAUUUUUUUGGUGUGUGCCAAGAGAUUCUGUCCCCCAGCUAACCCAGAACAGUGUCUAGUAUUUGAAGAUGCUCCAAAUGGAGUAAAGGCGGGCCUGGCAUCUGGAAUGCAGGUGGUGAUGAUCCCAGAUGAUAACCUGGACCACAGCCUCACCAAGGAGGCCACCUUGGUUCUCAGAAGCAUGGAUGACUUCAGACCGGAACUUUUCGGUCUCCCAGCCUACCAAUAAGAACAGUAAUCACCAUGGUGAUUUCAAUUCCACUAUAAGUUUUUGAAGAAAUGGAAGCAGGCUGAUCUAUAGCUCAUGUAAUAAAAAAAGUUAAAAAAACAAAAAUAAAAAAAUUCUAUCAGCUUUAGAUUUGCCGUACAGAGACAGAACCGAAUUUUGAUUCUGUCUAGUCAUGGCCUCAGUGGUUUAAUUUUAUUAGGCAAUCUCAAGGCUGUAUCUCUUUUCUCUCAGACUGACCAUGUGAGUGACACCAAAACUAAUUUAGAUUAUUCUGCUCAAUUAACCUUAGUCAAACCAUUAAUCCAUAUUGACAUUUUGUGUUUCAACCAAACAGAGUGUAAUGUUGAAUUUCUUAUAUAUACAAAUCGCAUUGGUGCUCUCUUCAUGAGUGUUUGUUCUUUUCGUAUGUCUGUCUGUGUGUAUAUACAUCUCUAAUUAGGUGCAUCUUUCAAGUUCACAACGUUGUGGUCAUGCUUUGAAUUUACAGUAAGUAACGGUUCAACAAACCCAUUCGACCAGCCAUGAUUUCUAUUACCUUUCCCUCAUGGAGAGGUCUAUUAAAAUACCAAAGAAAUUUUCGAGUUUGAACCAUGUUUCGUAAUCCAAUAAAGGGUAUCCUAGACCGCAGUCGCCUUUCAUCUUCUUCCCAUGUUCACCCUCAUAGAGCUGGAUUUAGCAGGUUCACUCUUUCCUCUUCAGUGCUGUCUAACAUCUCAGAGAGCUCAGGCCCAUCUCUCUGAGCCUUCCCCUCUGGUAAAGGGUUUUUUCCAGCAUCCACUUCCUCCCCGUAUAUUCUGAGUCCUUUCAUCCUUAAAGAUUGGGUAAUCUGGAAGGCUUUUCUUUCUUAGGGAAUUUCCACUCCAAGAAAGCCUUUUACAUGUCAUUUCACACUUAAGGUUUAGGGUGUGAGUGACUGAGGGGAUGUUAGCAUAUGCACACACGCUUAUUCCUCGGUGUAGUACAUAUACUUAAAUGCUUAUAUUGUGUAUAAUAAUUUUAUUAUGUUGAUGAUUUUUGAAAAGAACAAGUGAGACCCAUGAAACACGAAUGAAGCAUGGAUUGUGGUGCCCAUCAUCUGAGAACACCAUGUGUUUUAACAUAUUUGUGUGUAUUAGACAUACAUUUUAUUGUAAUGGAGCAUACUUGAACAACUCAACAAAUUCAACAAAUAAAUAAAGAUAUAUGGUACUGAAUAUAGUACUGCACAGGCAACUGGACUACUGGUUGCUUCUGCAUUUCAGCCCGGUAUUGGUUACAAAUGACAUGACUAAAAUUGCAAUCAGUAACGCAAUCUCUUUUGUUAAAUAUAUAAUCUAAAUAAAUUAUUUUUGUAUUAUUUUUCGAUUACCUCUGACCUAACUCUUGCUCAUUUGAUGUCACAUACACUCACUGAGCACUUUAUUAGGAACACUACAGUCCUCAUAAAGUGGCCGAUGUGGAUUUUUGCGGUGCAGUGCUUUCUGAGAUGCUAUUUUGCUCACUACAAUUGCACAGAGUGGUUACCUGAGUUACCAUAGCCUUUCUGACCACUCAAACCAGUUUGGUCAUUCUCCGUUGACAUUUCUUAUCAACAAGAUAUUUCCAACUACAAAACUGCUUCUCACUGGAAUUGUUUGUUUGUUUUUUGGCACAAUUUGGAGUAAACUCUAGAUACUGUUGAGUGUGAAAAUCCCAGGAGAUCAGCAGUUAAAGAAAUACUCAAACCAGCCCAUCUGGCAUCACUAAUCAUGCCACAGUCGAACAUUUGUUCCCCCAUUACAAUGCUUGAUAUGAACAUUAACAAAAGCUCCAUGAUUUUAUGCAUUGCACUGCUGCCACAUGAUUGGCUGAUUAGAUAAAUACAUGAAUAAGUAAGUGUACAGGUGUUCCCAAUAAAGUGAUUGGUGAGUGUACAUUUGAGUAGGACAAUCUAUACCAUUUUGACAUAAUGUUGCUUACAUGCAUUUAAGACAAAUUGCUUAAUGAAUCAAACUAAUCUCUAUUUGUCUGUUAUUGAGUGAAAUAAAAAAAAUGCACUUAAAGGGUUAUAGAUUUGUAUUUUUU